GAUCCAGGAAACUUCCAUCUCGAAUGGUAGCAGCGAGAUUCGAUUCGAUUGUUCGCAGACCAAACCAAUUGAGUAUUCGCUUCAUCAAAAUUUUGACUUGGAAGUCGUUCCAGAGGGAAAAGACAUUACUAACAAAGAACUCAAACUCUAUUCCGCCUCUGCGUAUUACAACACAAUUUAUAUAGACCUGGAAAAUGGAAGUUUGAUUAAGGGUUUGAACUUUUCUUUCGAUUCAAUUAUCAUCUGUUCUUUGUUUGUUGUACGAACAACCCAUUGUCGGGAAGCUUUGAUUGAUUCUCGAGAUCUUGUGUUCUGGAAAAAAUGA